AUGGCGAGCUCAGUGGAGAAGGAGGUUGGUGCUGCUGGUGUAGGUGCUGGUGCGGGUGCAGGUGCAGGGGAGGAACCUCUGUCGUUGGAACUUCCUGCUCCGUCUGGUUGGCAGAAGAAGUUCUUUCCGAAAAAGUCUGGAACCCCAAAGAAAAAUGAGAUUGUAUUCACUGCACCAACUGGAGAGGAGAUCCAUAAUCGGAAGCAACUGGAGCAGUAUUUGAAAGCACACCCUGGUGGCCCAGCUGUGUCUGAAUUUGAUUGGGGCACUGGUGAAACCCCGAGAAGAUCCGCAAGAAUCAGUGAGAAGGCCAAGACAACUCCUCCCCCCGAAUAUGAGCCCCCAAAGAAACGUGGCAAGAAAUCACCAGCUUCAAGAAAAGAAGCUUCUCAGGAUGAAGGAAAGGAGGAAACAAAAGAAGUGCAAAUGGAAGAAGCUGGUGAAACUAAGGAUGAUAAAGAUUUAGAGCAGGAAAAAAAUGUUGUGGAGGAAAAUCAAGAUGUCAAGAGAGCAGAGGAUACAGAUGGCAAAGAAUCCACUCAUCCUGGAGAAAAUACUGAUAAACCUAAGGAUGUUGAAAAUUUCAAGAGUGCUGAUGCAGAGCUACAUGCCUCAACAGAGAAACUUGAGGACAAUGUAGUCGAGGGCUCUGAAGCUGUUCAGAAUAAAGAUGAAGAAAAGAUUGAACAUCAACUGGACGAGACAAAGAAAGAUGAUGGAACUGAUGAGAAAAAAGUUGAAUUGGAAGGAGGAGAGAAUAAGGGGGAACACGAUAAAGUUAGUCAAGUAUCUCAAGUGAAUGAUGAAGAAAAGAUUGGACAGCCACUGGAGGGGACAAAGAAAGAUGAUGGAACCAAUGAGAAAAAGGUUGAACUGGAUGGAGAGAAUAUGGUAGAACAUAACAAAGGAACUCAAGUGAAUGAGGAAGGACAUUUUAAGGUUCAUGAUAUUAAUAAGAAGGCUGAAUCAGAGUUGACCGAGAAUGGAAGCUGA